AUGUAUUCGUUGAGUACAAUCAAAUUUCUCGACAAUCGUCUGACUCUCACUGGAUUUUCUCGAGCAGGUGAGGCAACAGGUUUAUUUGUACCCGAAAUGGAUAUAAUGUUAGAUGCCGGUACAGUUGUUACCACGAGUAAAUUUCGACGUCUCUUUGUAACACAUUCACAUAGUGAUCACUCAUUUCAAAUUCCGUAUAUGUAUUCACCGUCGUCACCGAUGCCGCUUGAUAUUUAUGUCCCCAAUGAAUCUUUACAACAUUUCAAUGCUUAUCUUACAAGUGCUCAACUACUAAAUGAUCAUGGUGAUGAAAAAGCUAUUGCAACUUGUGCUAAACGUUACACAUUACAUGGUGUUUUAGAAAAACAAACCAUAGAAUUAGAUGAUUCUUAUUCUGUUGAAAUUAUCAAUUGUCAUCAUACAGUUCCUUGUGUUGGUUAUGUGUUCUAUGAAAGACGUAAGAAACUUAAAUCUGAUUAUAAGCAUUUAACUGGUAAACAAAUUCAAGAAAUAAAAAAACAAGGCAUAGAUAUAACAGAACAAAUGAAUGUACCUUUAUUCGCUUUUCUCGGUGAUACAACACCGGAUGUUUUCGCACCUGGAUCGAAUUCUGCUAAAGUAUUACUUGAUCAAAUGCCUGUUAUCAUUUGUGAAUGUUCGUUUCUAGAUGGUGAACAAUCGAAUGAUAAAGGACAUACACAUUGGAAUGGUCUUAGACCGAUUGUUGAACAAUAUCCUCAUAUAACAUUUAUUCUUAUUCAUUUUAGUCUCAAACAUAAACGAAAAGAUAUUGUAGAUUUUUUUAAUAAUCAACCAUUGAAAAAUGUCUUACCAUUCAUCUGA